AGAAGGAGCACUUCUUCUGAUGUGCUUUAUGAACCAUCGCUCAAAGGAAAUUAGACCAAUGAACAAAACCAGAAAUACAGGUCAUUCUGGAGUGUCGAGCACCAGCAAGAGCUGAAACGUUUUGAAGUGGGUGUAUUAUGUGGCAUUUGACGUUGAACAGAAGAGAACGUUUGACCCAUGAUAGAAACGGAUUUUCUGAGAAAUCGAGGACACAGCUGAAGCGGUCCGGUAUUUUGAAGAUGGCAAUCACUGGAGCGGAGACAAUGGUCGACGAGGAUCACGGAGAGCCGUUCGUGCUCCGCGCUACCAAAAUAGCCGCCGUGGUUGCACUCUACUGGUUCAUUUCAAUAACAAUGGUGUUCCUCAACAGUUACCUGCUGGACAACAAAGACUUGAACGCCCCACUGUUUGUCACUUUUUACCAGUGUUUGGUUUCUGUCGGACUGUGCGGACUCAUGCAGCUGCUGUCAAUGAUAAAGCCGGAUUUUGUCAACGUCCCUGCUGUCAACUUUCAAUUGAAGACGUCCCGAGAAGUCCUGCCGUUGUCCAUCGUCUUCAUCGGAAUGAUCACCUUCAACAACUUGUGUCUAAAAUAUGUCGGGGUGGCUUUCUACACGAUCGGCCGCUCGCUCAGCACGGUUUUCAACGUGCUGCUAUCUUUCAUCAUCCUGAAGCAAUCCACGUCGCUGCAGGCUCUCGUCUGCUGUGGAAUCAUUCUGGGGGGAUUCUGGCUCGGUGUGGACCAAGAAGGCUUGGCGGGGUCCCUCUCGUGGUCAGGGGUGUUUUUCGGCGUGCUGGCGAGUGCCUGUGUCUCUCUGAAUGCCAUCUACACUAAGAAAGUGAUGCCUGCUGUGGAUGGAAGCAUCUGGAAGCUGUCCUACUACAACAACAUCAACGCGUGCCUCCUCUUCAUCCCGCUCAUCCUCGUGUUCGGGGAGUUGGGCCAACUGUCCAGAUUCAACAGGCUGACUGACCUUAAGUUUUGGGGAAUGAUGACCGUGGGUGGGGUCUUCGGCUUCGCCAUCGGUUACGUCACCGGCCUCCAGAUCAAGUUCACGAGCCCGCUCACUCACAAUGUGUCGGGAACGGCGAAGGCCUGCGCUCAGACCGUCAUCGCGGUGGUGUACAACUCGUCCAGUAAGAGUUUCCUGUGGUGGACCAGUAACAUGAUGGUUCUCGGGGGCUCGUCGGCCUACACGUGGGUCAAAAGUCGGGAAAUGCAGAAGACUACUCGCAAGGCGCCUCAGGAGCCAGACAAGGAAAAGCUGCUGCAGGGGGAAAAGGGGGAUGCAGGCGUAUAAUAGCUGCUACUCAGCUGGGGAGGUUCUAGCUCCUACCAUGCGACUGUGUUUGGGGUUUGUGGGUUUUAUCAACGGGUUUAAACUAUUAAUGCUCUCGCAUUGUUUCUUUCGAAAGGGUUUCCUUCAAAAUGUACUGAACACAAAUGCGUCCUUUUUGGGUGAGGAUGUUUUUAUUCACAGUAAAGUAUUUUCUGCACUACAGGGUGCACCAGAUUGUAAGCUGCUUUUUCAAUGAAUGGUCUGGGUUUGAACUCGUGUUGUAUCUAAGGCGCAUUAAGCAAGACAGUCAGAGACAAGUCCGUCAGUCUGUCUAAAUGUAUUAACUGCGUUCACAGUAACCCAGUAACACGCUACACGUUAGCCAUGUUAGCAUAUUCACAAUACCUGCAACUCUCAACCUGGUUUGUAACAUGUUAGAAAAAAAAAAAAACUCUUAAAAAACAUUACCACUACUACGCCAACUCCCAAACUUUUUACAAAUGUGAGAAAAAAAAAUCACACAUCUGACACCGCUACAUGUUAGCUACAUUAGCACACCAAACAUUUUUACAGAGUGCCGUGAAUCUCUCAAAUUCAUUUCAACAUCACUGAGCACAACUGUAAUAUACCUUUAUAUAAGGUGCUCUGGAUUAUAAGGGAUACUGUCCCUUUUUUUUUUUUUUAAUAAAUGAAGUGCUCCUUAUAGUGCAGAAAAUACGAUACGUUGUUAAUAUUUACUCAAAUUGAGGAAAUUGUCAUAAAGAGAAUAUAUUGAUGUCCAAUUUUUUUGUGUGUGUGAAGGGAGCUAACUGUAGUUUUUAUAUUUUCUAGAGUUUUCUUCAUUUUUUUUUACUUGUGUAGCUUUAUCUGUUUGUUAAACAAAUGGUAAUCAGCCUUAUUGGAGACAUUGGUGUCUUCUCACAUUCAUGUGAAAACUGGUGAGAAAUCUGCUUUUGCCUAAUGAACUCAUUUGGUAUCUUUAGAGUUUUCUCUAAACCAGAGGCUCUGAAGCAACAUGUGACUCUUUGACCCGUCCAUCGAGGCUUUCUUGAUUAAAGAAGCAUUGAAUGUUUUACAUUUUAGAAAGUACAAUUUUUCUGACUUAAACUGCAAAUUACGUAAAAAACCAAAAAUAAAUCAAACUUUAUACCACAAA